CUCGUUUGUCCUGCCGCCACACUCUCUCUCUCUCUCUCUCUCCACUGUUUACACUCCCAAAGAUCCCACCGACUACCGUCACCUCCCUCUCUCUCUCUCUCUCUCUCCAAAGCAAAUCUAGAAUUCCAGUUUUUUCGCCAUUAAUAAAAAGAAAUCAUUCACAUUCUCUCUCCAUCUUUCCCCCCAAUUUUUACACUACUUCAGAUCACACUCCAUCUUUCUUCCACACACACACAUCCAAAAUCCCCAAAUCUCAUAAACCCUAAAAUUCACUCACCAAUUUCCGCACAUUUUGAUUUGAUGAACUAAUCACCUCAGAUCCAAUCAACAAAAAUGGGGCAUAUAAAUCUCUCAUCCUCAAAAAAAGCAGGAAAACAAUGGAAACUUCUAGACCUAGUAAUCGCAUGUUUUUUCGGAAUCGUAGUACUUUUUUUCCUCCUCAUUUUCACACCUCUCGGAGAUUCUCUCGCUGCUUCGGGUCGCCAAACCUUGCUCCGAACCUCCGCUUCGGAUCCGAGGCAACGGAUGAAGUUGAUUGUUGCUUUAGAGGAGACCAGCAAUGGCGGGCAGAUGAUCGAUGCCUGCCCGGCGGAGUUUGUUGAUUAUAUGCCUUGUGAAGAUCCUAAGAGAAAUAGUCAGUUGAGUAGAGAAAUGAAUUUUUAUAGAGAACGACACUGCCCGUUGCCCGAGGAUUCUCCUCUUUGUUUGAUUCCUCCUCCUCAGGGUUAUAAAGUUCCUGUUCAUUGGCCUCAAAGUUUGCAUAAGAUUUGGCACUCAAAUAUGCCAUACAACAAGAUUGCUGAUAGGAAGGGCCAUCAGGGGUGGAUGAAGAUAGAAGGGGAAUACUUUAUUUUCCCUGGUGGGGGAACAAUGUUUCCUGACGGGGCAGUACAGUACAUAGAGAAGCUUGGGCAAUAUAUUCCGAUUACGGGCGGAGUCUUGAGGACAGCUCUUGAUAUGGGCUGCGGGGUUGCUAGUUUUGGGGGUUAUCUUCUGUCAGAAAACAUUAUGACUCUCUCUUUUGCUCCUAGAGACUCACACAAAUCUCAAAUCCAAUUUGCUUUAGAAAGAGGAGUACCAGCUUUUGUUGCCAUGCUUGGGACGCGAAGACUCCCAUUUCCUGCAUUUUCAUUUGACUUGGUGCACUGUUCGAGAUGUUUGAUCCCAUUUACUGCCUAUAAUGCAUCAUACUUCAUUGAAGUGGAUCGAUUACUCCGCCCAGGAGGAUAUAUUGUAAUAUCUGGCCCGCCCGUGCAAUGGGCCAAACAAGACAAGGAAUGGGCUGAUCUUCAGGCAGUUGCUAGAUCAUUGUGCUAUGAGCUGAUUGCUGUUGAUGGGAACACCGUCAUCUGGAAGAAACCUACAGGAGAUGCAUGCCUCCCUAAUCAAAAUGAAUUUGGGAUUGAUAUGUGCGAGGACUUUGAUGAUCCGAGUUAUGCAUGGUACUUUAAGCUGAAGAAAUGUGUGAGCAGAACUUCAUCUGUUAAAGGUGAUAUCAGUCUUGGCUCCAUACCCAAAUGGCCAAAGAGGCUGACUAAAGCUCCUGUCCGAGUUACCCAAAUUAAAAAUGGCUUAGAUGUAUUUGAAGCUGAUGCUAGAAGGUGGGCACGGAGGGUUGCCUAUUACAAAAAUACCUUGAACUUGAAGCUAGGGACACCAGCUGUACGCAAUGUGAUGGAUAUGAAUGCAUUCUUCGGUGGCUUUGCGGCUGCUCUUGUAUCUGACCUUGUAUGGGUUAUGAAUGUAGUGCCUCCGCAUAAACCUUCUACACUAGAUGUGAUCUAUGACAGAGGCCUAAUCGGAGUCUAUCAUGAUUGGUGUGAGCCUUUCUCAACUUAUCCUCGGACUUAUGAUUUCCUCCAUGUGUCUGGUAUCGAGUCAUUGAUAAAAGAUUCUGCAUCAGGCAAGCAAAGAUGUCACCUUGUCGAUUUAAUGGUAGAGAUGGAUCGGAUAUUACGUCCAGAGGGAACUGUGGUGGUAAGAGAUUCACCGGAAGUCAUCGACAAGGUAAGCCGGUUAGCUCAUGCUAUGAGAUGGACUACCAGCAUCCAUGAAAAGGAGCCGGAUUCUAGUGGAAGAGACAGAAUCCUUGUGGCUACCAAAACCUUGUGGAAGGCAGUUCUUUAACACGGAGAUAUAGUAGUGUAACAUUCUUUUGGGGGGUUUUCUGUCUAUUAUAUAUUUCUAUCUAUAUCUAUAUUUAUAUCUUUCGCAAAACUUGCGCAAAAGGGUAUCCUUCCAACUUGUCUGCUUCUUCUUCCCUUUAAUUCCUUCCCCCCUCUCGCUCUUUAGUCUUCUCCCCUCCUGCUUUUUGUAGAGCUAGAAUGAAGGGAAAUUAUACGGGCAUUAUGCAGGAACAGAAUGAAGAAAAAAUUUACAAAAGAAGAAAAAAGUAUAAGAUGAUAUUCUUAGAAAAACUUGCUAGUUUUUGACCAAUUAAGGGUUAAAAGUUGGUGGAUUUUGGUUUUCAAAGUUAAGUGUAACAUCAUUGUAAAAUGGAGAUUGUGGAUUUUGGUUUCAAAGUUAAAUGAAACGUCAUUGUAAAAUGGAGAUUGUAAUAUUUCCUCUAAAAUUUAACCAGCUUUAAAUGUA